AUCACCUCUGUACCUACCACAGUUUCAACUUUCACUUCUGAACCUCCUCCAGCGUCAACUUUCACCGCUGAACCUACUCCAUCUCUACCUAUCUUGUCUGAACCUCCUCCAUCUUUAACUAUCACCGCUGAACCUACUCCAUCUCUACCUAUCACGUCUGAACCUCCUCCAUCUUCAACUAUCACCUCUGAACCUUCUCCAGCUUCAAAUAUCACUUCUGAACCUACACCAUCUUUAACAAUCACCUCUGUACCUACCACAGUUUCAACUUUCACCUCUGAACCUCCUCCAGCGUCAACUUUUACCGCUGAACCUACUCCAACUCUACCUAUCUUGUCUGAACCUCCUCCAUCUUUAACUAUCACCGCUGAACCUACUCCAUCUUCAACUUUUCCCGCUGAUCCUACUCCAUCUCUACCUAUCACGUCUGAACCUCCUCCAGCUUCAACUAUCACCUCUGAACCUACUCCAUCUUUAACUAUUACCUCUUAA